CGUAAAUAAAGCAAGUGAAAAUAUAAAAUAAUAAGAAAAAGACAGACACAGUUAGAUUGCAUAGUUACCAUAACCUACAAAAGUUGAAAAUGUUUGAAGAAACAAAUUCAAGCACAGAAAUUAAAAUUGAACCGAUCGAAUAUCCUCAAGUUAAACAAGAACUUGAAGAUUAUGAAAAUACAACAGGUAUUUGUAUGGAGAAUGAUGAAAUUUGUCCACAGCAAUUUCUAAUAUCAGAGGUUACAGUUGAGGAGGAUAUAAAGCAAGAAAUCAUCGAUGAGCAAGAUUUUAAACAUGAUCCUCAAGUGAAACAAGAAGUUAAUCAUUAUGAUUAUACUUCAGAUAUGAGUAUUGAGAAUGAUGAAAUAUGCCUACAGGAAUUUCUAAAAUCUGAGGUUACGAUUGAUGAAGAAAUGAAGCAAGAAAAGAUCGAUGGACAAUAUGCUGCGCCUAAUACAAGUUUAAAUGAGAAAACUUACAUAUUCAACGAAAACAUUGGUGAUUCAAGUAAUAUGAACAAAUCAUUUGAAAGUGUAUCUGAAACAUGUAAAAUAAACGAUAAUCUAAAACCACAUAAAUGUAAAUUUUGUCAUAAAACAUUCAAAAGAAAGUAUCAUUUAAAGCAUCAUGAAAUAAUUCACACUGGAGAACGUCCACAUAAGUGUGAAAUAUGUCAUAAAGCAUUCAAAGAAAGGUGUCAUUUAAAACGACAUAAAAUGAUUCACACUGGAGAAUUUCCUUACAGUUGUGAAAUAUGUCCUAAAGCAUUCAGACAAAAGCGGCAUUUAAAAGACCAUAAAACAAUUCACACUGGAGAAAUACCUCAUACGUGCAAUAUAUGCAAUAAAACAUUCACAUCAAAGCAAUACCGAGAAACACAUGAAAAUUCUCACACCGGAGUGAAUCCUUGUGAAAUAUGCAAUAAAUCAUUUGCAACAAAACUAUCAUUAAGUCGACAUAAAAUGUAUCAUACAGAAGAACGACCUUACAGUUGUGAAAUUUGCAAUAAAGCAUUUGCAAUAAAAGAUGUAUUAAGACAACAUUUAAUAAGAGUACAUGAUGUAAGAAAUGUGUAAGAAAACAUUAAAAAAAAGUUUUGAAUUUGCCGGAAACUAG